AUGAAGACCCUUUGCCUGCUCUUUUCUCUCCUCUUCUUGGCUCUCCAGAUCUCUCCAGGUUUGUCUUCACCCCGGAGGGAAAUGCUUUUCUGCAGAGGAGGGAGCUGUCACUUUGGAGGAUGUCCCUUCCACCUGGUUAAAGUUGGAAGUUGCUUUGGGUUCCGCUCCUGCUGCAAACCGCCAUGGAAUGUAAGAGAAGUUGAUGAGCCGUUCAUUGAAGAGUAA